CAACCUAUACAGCACUAACUUUCUCUGAAAUAUCACCAAUUCCUUUUUCAUGUCCACGUUCAUACCCGUAUACUUCACCAAAGAUUAAGAAAGCAUUUAUUUUAAUUUGUUACCUUCAAACUGAUAAGAAAAAAUAUAAAUCUGUAAGGGGAAAUGGAAAUGGAAGCUUAUUAAAGCGAAGAAGAAGUCAACAAAAAUCAAAAAAACAAUCUGAAAGUAAUACCGCUUUCUCUUUUUAUAGAUUUUUUGGUGAACAAGUUCCUAAUCAACCUAAUCCAAAAAAUGAACCUAAAAAAUUACGUCAGAAUAAUUCAGGAAAAAUUGUUGAUUCUCAAUUACAAUCUCAAUUACAAACUGCUUAG